AUGAGUAUGUACUAUUACGAAAACAGGCUAAAUUCUUUUACCUCAAAGAAAAAGAAGUGGCCUCACACGGACAAAAACUACAAGGCAACCCCGGAAAUGUUGGCAAAAGCUGGUUUUUAUUAUCUUCCUGCCCCACGCUCACCAGAUAAUGUAAUAUGUUUUUUAUGCCACAAAUCGAUGGAAGGUUGGGAUCCCACCGACGACCCAAAUAUAGAGCACAUAACUCAUUCUCCGGAAUGUGCUUGGGCAUUAUGCUAUUGCAUGACGAGAAAAUUUGCUGACAAAAAGUUACCUUCCAAUUUGGACGAUGAUCAUUCACCUUCGUCCAAAAGAAUGGAGGAAUUAAGGUUGAUGACUUUUGGUAAUUGGUGGCCUCACGAAGGAAAGAAAGGUUGGAUCGGUACGGCGAAGAAGAUGGCCAAAGCGGGUUUCGUCUUUGCCUCAUCGAUUCACACACCUGAUAACGUGAUGUGUACCUAUUGCGAAGUGAGCUUGGGUGACUGGGAACAAAAGGACGAUCCCAUGUAA